CCCGCCUUCACACUAGCCGGCCGCCGCGCAGCCCCGCCCCCCCAGAGGCCCCGCCCCCCCGUGAAUCAGCUGAUCUCAGGGACCCGCUGGGCUGGGAAGCUCGCGCCGGAUGGAGACUGCGGUGCUGCCGGUGGAGCGUCAGGUCCUUUCCUUCACCCAUUCAUGAGGAUUUAUUGAAUGCCCGCUCUAGGCGCUCGGCACCGAAACCGGGGUCCCUGGCCGCGAACCUUGGUCUUUAUAUACUUUUCACAAAGAAGAAGUGAUUUGGUGAUGGAGUGCUUCCCCUGACCGAUGGACUCAAAGAAGAGAAGCUCAACAGAAGCAGAAGGAUCCAAAGAAAGAGGCCUGGUCCACGUGUGGCAGGCAGGAUCCAAUUCUGUAGCACCAGAGAGACUGCCAGGCUGGGGAGGAAAGGCUGUUCUUCAAGCAGCCCUUGGAGUGAAGCAUGGAGUUCUUCUGACUGAAGAUGGUGAGGUCUACAGCUUUGGGACGCUUCCCUGGAGAAGUGAACCAGCAGAGAUUUGUCCGAAUAGCCCCAUUCUAGAAAAUGCCCUGGUUGGGCAAUAUGUUGUUACCGUGGCAUCAGGGAGUUUCCACAGUGGAGCAGUGACGGAAAGUGGCGUAGUGUACAUGUGGGGGGAGAACUCUGCAGGCCAGUGUGCAGUAGCUAAUCAGCAGUAUGUUCCAGAACCGAAUCCUGUCAGCAUUUCUGACUCUGAGACCAGUUCUUUGGUUGCGGUCAGGAUUUUGCAGUUGGCGUGUGGUGAGGAGCACACACUGGCGUUGUCAAUAAGCAGAGAGAUUUGGGCAUGGGGUACUGGUUGUCAGUUGGGUCUCAUUACCACCACCUUCCCGGUGACAAAGCCACAAAAGGUGGAACAUCUUGCCGGCCGCGUCGUGCUACAAGUUGCCUGUGGCGCCUUCCACAGCUUGGCCCUUGUGCAGUGCCUCCCUUCCCAGGAGCUGAAGCCAGUCCCAGAAAGAUGCAACCAGUGCAGCCAACUCCUGAUUACUAUGACUGACAAAGAAGACCAUGUGAUUAUAUCAGACAGUCACUGCUGCCCCUUAGGGGUGACACUGUCAGAAUCCCAGGCAGAAAACCAGGUCAGCACUGCCAUCAGCCCCUGCACUGAAACCCUGGACAGUCAGGGAGAAGUGUUCGAGAACACGCUGGGAGGAAAGGAGCCGCCUGUUGCUACUGACACGCACGUUGGAAAUGUUCAGACCACGGGUGGUGAUGCCAUUUCCUCCCAACAAGAUGUCGUGGGAACAACUGAAAUUUCUUCGGCCAGAAAUGUACCGUCAUACCCUGAUACUCAGGCAGUGAAUGAGUACAUGGCAAAACUCUCAGAUCGCUCAGUAAGAGAGAACUCAGAGAACGGCGAAAAGCCAGUGCCAUCUCAGCCUCUUGUAGAAGAAGCAGUUCCUAAUCUUCACAGCCCACCAACCACAAGCACCUCAGCCCUAAACAGCCUAGUAGUCUCUUGUGCAUCUGCUGUUGGUGUGAGAGUGGCUGCUACAUACGAAGCUGGGGCCUUGUCUCUUAAGAAAGUUAUGAACUUUUAUAGUACGGCCCCUUGUGAACCUGGAACUCAGGCAGGCAGUAGUUCCAUAGGCCCAGAAGGUCUGAAAGAUAGCAGAGAAGAACAGGUUAAACAGGAAUCCAUGCAAGGAAAGAAGAGUUCAAGUCUUGUGGAUAUCCGAGAAGAGGAAUCAGAGGGAGGCAGCCGGAGACUCUCCCUCCCUGGCUUGUUGUCUCAAGUUUCCCCCAGGCUCUUAAGAAAAGCUGCCCGGGUGAAAACACGGACAGUGGUUCUGACUCCUACAUACAGUGGAGAAGCAGAUGCACUUCUGCCUUCUCUGAGGACAGAGGUGUGGACCUGGGGGAAAGGGAAGGAAGGACAGCUGGGCCAUGGUGAUGUUCUGCCUCGGCUUCAACCACUGUGUGUAAAAUGUCUGGAUGGUAAAGAAGUAAUCUAUCUGGAGGCAGGUGGUUACCAUUCUCUUGCACUUACUGCGAAAUCCCAGGUUUACUCCUGGGGAAGCAAUACCUUUGGUCAGCUUGGGCAUUAUGAUUUUCCAACAACAGUUCCUCGUCUUGCAAAGGUGAACAGUGAAAAUGGAGUUUGGAGCGUAGCUGCAGGCCAGGAUUAUUCCCUGUUUUUAGUGGAUACAGAAGAUUUCCAGCCUGGGUUAUAUUACAGUGGCCGACAGGACCCUGCAGAAGGUGACAGCCUUCCAGAGAAUCACAGUGGUACUAAGACUCCAGUACUUCUCUCCUGUAGUAAGCUCGGAUAUAUAAGCAGAGUGACAGCAGGGAAAGAUCGCUAUCUAGCUUUGGUGGACAAAAAUGUUAUGGGAUAUAUUGCCAGUCUCCAUGAGUUGGCUACUACGGAAAGACGAUUCUAUUCAAAACUAAGUGACAUCAAAUCUCAGAUUCUCAGGCCUCUUCUCAGUUUAGAAAAUUUGGGCACCGCAAGCACAGUCCAGCUGUUGCAGGAGGUGGCAAGCCGUUUCAGCAAGCUGUGUUACCUGAUCGGUCAGCACGGAGCCUCACUGAGCAACUUCCUCCAUGGGAUAAAGGAAGCCCGGAGUUUGGUCAUUCUGAAGCAUGCAAGUCUCUUCUUGGAUAGUUAUACAGAGUAUUGCACAUCUAUUACAAAUUUCCUGGUUAUGGGAGGAUUCCAGCUUCUUGCUAAGCCUGCCAUUGAUUUCCUAAAUAAAAACCAAGAGCUGUUACAAGAUUUAUCAGAAGUAAAUGAUGAGAACACCCAAUUGAUGGAAAUACUGAAUACUCUGUUUUUCUUGCCAAUCAGACGACUUCAUAAUUAUGCAAAAGUGUUGCUAAAGCUUGCUACUUGUUUUGAAGUGACAUCUCCGGACUACCAGAAACUACAGGAUUCCAGUUCUUGUUACGAGUCUCUUGCUCUCCAUCUCGGCAGGAGAAGGAAGGAAGCUGAGUACACACUGGGCUUCUGGAAGACCUUUCCCGGGAAGAUGACGGAUUCAUUGAGGAAGCCAGAGCGUCGGCUGCUCUGCGAGAGCAGUAACCGAGCCCUGUCUCUGCAGCAUGCCGGGAGGUUUUCUGUGAACUGGUUCAUUCUUUUUAACGAUGCCCUAGUCCAUGCCCAGUUUUCCACACAUCAUGUUUUCCCUUUGGCUACGCUAUGGGCAGAGCCACUUUCUGAAGAAGCUGGUGGUGUGAACGGCUUAAAGAUAACUACACCUGAGGAGCAGUUCUCUCUCGUUUCAUCAACACCCCAGGAAAAGACUAAGUGGCUGCGGGCUAUAAGCCAAGCUGUGGAUCAGGCUUUGAGGGGAACAUCUGAUCUUCCGCCCUAUGGAAGUGGCAGCGGUAUUCAGAGGCAGGAGCCACCCAUCUCACGCAGUGCCAAAUACACUUUCUACAAGGAUCCUCGCCUGAAGGAUGCGACCUAUGAUGGACGCUGGCUUUCAGGGAAGCCUCAUGGCAGAGGGGUUUUGAAGUGGCCAGAUGGGAAGAUGUAUUCUGGCAUGUUCAGGAAUGGCUUGGAAGAUGGAUAUGGAGAAUACAGAAUCCCAAACAAAACAUUGAACAAAGAAGACCAUUAUGUGGGCCAUUGGAAAGAAGGAAAAAUGUGUGGUCAAGGAGUCUAUAGUUAUGCCUCUGGUGAAGUGUUUGAAGGCUGUUUUCAAGAUAACAUGCGUCAUGGUCAUGGUCUCCUGCGAAGUGGAAAAUUGACUUCCUCUUCUCCCAGCAUGUUCAUUGGCCAAUGGGUAAUGGAUAAGAAAGCAGGAUAUGGUGUCUUUGAUGAUAUCACUAGGGGGGAAAAGUAUAUGGGAAUGUGGCAAGAUGACGUAUGUCAAGGGAAUGGUGUGGUAGUUACCCAGUUUGGAUUAUACUAUGAAGGCAACUUUCACCUUAAUAAAAUGAUGGGAAAUGGGGUUUUACUUUCCGAAGAUGAUACUAUAUAUGAGGGAGAAUUUUCAGAUGACUGGACUCUUAGUGGAAAGGGAACACUGACUAUGCCAAAUGGAGAUUAUAUUGAAGGUUAUUUUAGUGGAGAAUGGGGAUCUGGGAUAAAAAUCACUGGAACCUACUUCAAGCCUAGUCUGUAUGAGAGUGAUAAAGACAGACCCAAAGUUUUCAGGAAGCUGGGAAACCUGGCAGUAUCCGCUGAUGAAAAGUGGAAAGCGGUAUUUGAUGAAUGUUGGCAUCAACUGGGCUGUGAGAACCCAGGCCAAGGGGAAGUCUGGAAAGCCUGGGACAAUAUUGCCGUGGCCCUGACCACCAGUCGGCGCCAACACAGAGACAGUCCAGAGACAUUAAGUCGUUCGCAGACUCAGACACUGGAGAGUUUGGAAUUCAUUCCUCAGCAUGUUGGAGCCUUCUCUGUGGAGAAAUAUGAUGACAUCAAGAAAUAUUUAAUAAAGGCCUGUGACACGCCCCUGCACCCCCUGGGCAGGCUUGUGGAGACCCUGGUUGCAGUUUACAGAAUGACAUACGUGGGUGUGGGAGCCAAUCGCCGGUUAUUGCAGGAGGCUGUGAAGGAGAUCAAGUCUUACCUUAAGCGAAUUUUCCAGCUGGUGAGAUUCUUGUUUCCUGAGCUUCCUGAAGAGGGCAGCACAAUUCCUCUCUCUGCCCCUUUGCCAACGGAGAGGAAAUCCUUUUGCACUGGCAAGUCAGACUCCAGAUCCGAGUCGCCAGAGCCAGGUUAUGUGGUAACAAGUUCUGGGUUAUUGCUUCCUGUACUGCUGCCUCGGCUCUACCCACCACUGUUCAUGCUCUAUGCCCUGGAUAACGAUCGCGAGGAAGACAUUUACUGGGAAUGUGUUCUGCGGCUGAAUAAGCAGCCAGAUAUUGCUCUUCUGGGCUUCCUUGGGGUACAGAGGAAAUUCUGGCCUGCAACCUUGUCAAUCCUUGGAGAAAGUAAAAAGGUUUUGCCAACUACAAAAGAUGCUUGUUUUGCCUCAGCUGUAGAAUGUCUACAGCAGAUAAGCACAACAUUUACCCCGUCAGACAAACUUAAGGUCAUCCAGCAAACUUUUGAAGAGAUCUCUCAGAGUGUGCUGGCAUCACUUCAGGAAGACUUCUUGUGGUCCAUGGAUGACUUGUUUCCUGUUUUCUUGUAUGUGGUGCUACGGGCCAGGAUUAGGAAUUUAGGCUCUGAAGUACACCUCAUUGAGGAUCUAAUGGACCCUUAUCUUCAGCAUGGGGAACAGGGAAUAAUGUUCACCACCCUGAAGGCAUGUUACUACCAGAUCCAGCGUGAGAAGCUUAACUAGGAUACACGACAGCUUGCCAACUGGAUUAUCUGUAGGAUGUUUUUGCACCAUCUGGCGUCUUCCCGAAGUGGCGAAAACGAAUGGUGUUGAAAUUAGGACGUUGUGUUAUUUUGGUGGCUAUUUCUGAGCCUUACUAAUGAUGAUAGCCCUGCUCCCAGAAAAAAAAACAAAAAGACUGUAUGACUCAAAGAGAGGGUUGGAA